AUACGCUCUUCUUGUUCCUCUUUCGGCGGCAACUUUUCUUUCUCGUCUCUUCAAGUUACUUCACCUUAUGCGAUCUGAUACGCAAAGUGGCUUGUAACUAAUGAAAACCAUCAUGCCAUCAUCUGCUUUGAGGCGAUCCAUAUCAACUUUGUCUCACCUCUGCGAGCCAAUCAAGCAAACAGAGAAUGAGAUAGUGCAAAUGUUCCAGUUGCCUAGUCCAAAGAAGGAAGCUCAGGACUUGGCUGUUAAGAGGAAGAAUCCCUCUGUACGGACAUUGGAUGAGAGGUUUAUAAGAAUUUUGAAAAUAUUUAAGUGGGGUUCUGAUGCUGAGAAGGCAUUGGAAGUGCUCAAGUUGAAGGUGGACCAACGGUUGGUUCGUGAGGUUUUGAUGAUAGAUGUAGAGAUCAAUGUUAAAAUCCAGUUCUUCAAGUGGGCAGGGAGAAGAAGACACUUUGAACAUGACUCUACCACCUACAUGACUUUAAUUCACUGUUUGGAUGAAGCAGGACUUGUUGGUGAAAUGUGGAAGACUAUCCAAGAGAUGCUUCGGAGUACAUGUGCUAUUGGUCCGGCUGAAAUGUCUGAAAUUGUGAGAAUAUUGGGCAAAGCUAAGAUGGUGAACAAGGCACUCUCCAUUUUUUAUCAGAUCAAAUGUCGCAAGUGCAAGCCAACGGCAAGCACUUACAAUACUAUAAUCUUGAUGUUGAUGCAAGAAGGGCACCAUGAGAAAGUUCAUGAGCUCUAUAAUGAGAUGUGCAAUGAGGGUAACUGUUUACCAGACACAGUGACCUACAGUGCACUUAUAUCCACUUUCAGUAAGUUGGGUCGUCAUGAUUCUGCCAUUAGGUUGUUUGAAGAGAUGAAGGAGAAUGGAUUACAGCCUACGUCAAAGAUUUAUACAACCCUAAUUAAAAUCUAUUUUAAGUUAGGUGAGACGGGGAAAGCUUUCGGUCUAGUUCAGGAGAUGAAAGGAAAGGGCUGUAAGCUAACUGUUUUCACUUACACCGAGUUGAUAAAGGGGCUUGGAAAGGCUGGGAGGGUUCAAGACGCCUAUGGUAUAUUCAUGAAUAUGUUAAAGGAAGGUGGUAAGCCUGAUGUUGUGCUUAUUAACAAUAUGAUUAACAUCUUGGGCAAAGCAGGUCAAUUGGAAGAUGCUUUUAAGCUUUUCAAUAAAAUGAAGUCUUGGCAGUGUAUACCAAAUGUUGUAACAUAUAACACUGUAAUUAAAGCUUUAUUUGAUUCCAAAGCCCCAUGUUCUGUGGCAUCUUUAUGGUUUGAGAAGAUGAAGGCAGAUGGUCUUGUUCCCAGCUCAUUUACUUAUUCAAUUCUUAUUGAUGGUUUCUGCAAGACAAACAAAGUUGAGAAAGCUUUGGUACUCCUGGAAGAGAUGGAUGAAAAGGGUUUUCCUCCUUGUCCGGCUGCAUAUUGUAGCCUGAUCAACAGUCUUGGAAAGGCAAAACGAUAUGAAGCUGCCAAUGAGUUAUUUCAGGAAUUGAAAGAGAAUUGUGGGUGUUCAAGUGCUCGGGUGUAUGCAGUGAUGAUAAAACAUUUUGGAAAGUGCGGCCGUUUGAGUGAUGCUGUAGAUCUUUUCAAUGAGAUGAAGAAACUGGGAUGCAAUCCUGAUGUUUAUGCUUAUAAUGCUCUCAUGUCAGGGAUGGUAAGGGCUGGCAUGAUAAAUGAAGCUCAUUCCUUGCUCAGAACCAUGGAAGAAAACGGUUGUGUUCCAGACUUGAAUUCUCAUAAUAUCAUUCUAAAUGGCUUAGCUAGGACAGGUGGCCCAAGGCGGGCAAUGGCAAUGUUUGUGAAGAUGAAGAAUUCAAAUAUUAAACCUGAUGCAGUAUCUUACAAUACUAUCCUUGGCUGUCUCAGCCGAGCUGGUUUGCUUGAAGAGGCUGCAAAGUUAAUGAAAGAGAUGAAAGCAAGAGGUUUUGAAUAUGAUCUCAUCACUUACUCAUCAAUACUUGAGGCAGUUGGCAAGAUUGAUGAAGAUCGUAGUCUAACCACUUAUUGAUGGAGUCCUGAUGUAAGGUAAGACAAAGGCAUCUUUCAUAUUUAUAGAUGAUUCUACCCUUGGCUAACUGCCAUAGCAAGGUACACCAACUUUUCCUUUUUUGUAAUAUCUUCUUUUAAACUAAUUAUUGCUCUCUAAGUCUAGCUAAGUGACAAAUAUUACAAAUUUGUUACUGCACUGGACAAGGAAGCUUUACUGCUAUGCUUCUGGCAGUUGAAUAUCAGCCUCAUGAAGAUGGGAUGAUGAAAUGAAGGUGCUUAUGUUGCCAAGCUUGUCAGGCUUGAGAAGGGAGCUCAUUUUCUUCUGAAUGUUAGAUCACAUCUUUUGGAGACAAAGCUGUAUGACUAGAAAUUGCAGAGCUGAGAGGUGUCUAACUUUUGUAGCAAGGUGAGGUGAUCUUUUCAGAAAUCUUUACAGUACACUGAGAAAUCUGCCAUUUCAGCUUGCUCAUCCAAUUAACAGCUGUGUGGAGGGAACCAUAUCAAAUGAUCCCAUAUUUGAUCAUAUCGUACUGGCUGAAAAGCAGAAAAUAAUGGUCUUUUUGGGUCUCUUUCUUUCAGUGUCUGUAUCUUUUUGUCUCCUGGUCCCUCCUUAUUGCUGGAAAAUAAACCUGUUAACUCCCUGUUGAUCUUAAAUGGGUGUAUGGAAGCUGGGGCCUGGAGGGGAGAGGAAAAAUAGCAGCAGGAUUGCUCCCACCAUACUAACUCCAGUUCUCUUGCAAACUUAUGUGAGACGGCUGAAGCACUUGAUAGUGGAUGCAGAAAAACAUGGGAUACAUUUGUUAAAAAGCAUAUACAUUAUGCAGAGAAUAGAACUGUAAAAGUAGGAGUAAAGGAGAUAAAAGGAGAAAAUUAGAAAUUAUUUUAUUAUUUGAAAGAGAGAAUAUUGAGGAUUCAAAGUUUACAAAUUUUGUUUGAUUAUAUUUAUAUACCAGUUUUAACGACCUGAAAUGGAUACCCUUCUUUAUACAUUGUUAGCAGAGCUGAAUGCAAGAAAUGGGUCCUAAUGUUUCAGGCCCUGCUUCAGCUUCUUGGCAAGUGUAACUAGUUUUGUUGGAUAUGAACAUAAGGACACAAGUAAAGGCUGG